AUGAAUUAUCUUGGAAGAUCAAAUCCAGAUGCUCUCAGCUAUUUACAUGAAAUGGCCAUCGAAUCCUUUCAAGUUCGCGACUCAAACAACCGAACACCAGAAGAGGUGGCAGAGUCAGAGAAGGGCAAUGUUGCGGAGAUUUUCUUUUACAAAAUUAAAGUCAAUCAAUAUGCAAGGCAGGCGGCUAAAGCAAAUGAAAGGAAACACAUAUUUCAAAAGAAGUCCGAGGAGGCAAUCAAGUGCAAGGAGCUUGAGGAGCAAGUGAAGACCAUUUUUGAUUGCAGUGGAGACGGGAUCAAAGUGCCGCGAGGCGUUAUGCUAAUGAAAGAAUCUCAAGGCGAUUGUGGCAAAUCACGAUGUGCAGCGAGAUGCCCGAAUGCUGCAGCGUGCCCUGAAUGUCAGGAUUGUGAGGCUCAGCAAACGCAAUGUGCUGACGGAUAUGAUGAUGCAUCACAAGGUUGUAGCAGGUGCCAAGCUGGCUACGGCCGUCGCAGAGAAGAUCCAUUUCAGUGCAAAGCAUGCGGUGAAAUACCGUGGCUUUCCUGGGUGACCUACGUGGUGAAACCUUUGGGAAUCUACCUGGUCAGCCUGUGGACGGCACAUAAGAAAAGGGACCGGACCGCUUCUCUUCUAAAGAUUUGGAUGGCAUUUGGCAUCGUCAUGGCAUCCAUUUCGCCCAGCAUUAAAUCCUCUGAUACGUUUGCAAAAAUACACACUUCAUUGGUGCAAUCUGUGGAAGCAGGUGAAGGUGCAGCUUCCCUUGCCGCCCAAAUGACUGGUGCCAGCUUUGAUUGCUUGCUGGACAACCCACAUGCUUCGAUGACAGCCUGGUUGGGCCUAUCAUUUGCUCCACCUUUGGUCUUGUGGCUUCUGACAAUGAUCUAUGUGGUCGGUCGCUCCAUGAGCGCAGGGUCAGGGAUGGUGAGCGCACUGACCAAGGACGCUCUAAAGGUGACCAUUGUGAGCACCAAUUGCUUCCUGCCAGACAUGGUGGCAGCUUUGGUGCGCUUCGUCCCGUGCAUCCAUUUCCAAGUCUUUGAUCAAAGCAAGCAGUAUUUGCAAUUCAACGUGGAGACUCAGUGCAGCCAGGUCGUUGGAAUGAGGCUUGCAGCGGUUUUUGCCGCCAUCCUUCUUGGCACUGUGUUAGGUCCUGUGUAUUGGGUGGCCGUCAUCAUGAAGUCCAAGCAAUGGGAAGAUCGUGAGGAGGUGCUGGGUUUUCUCAUCUCUCAUUAUCGGGACAAGGUACGCUGGUGGGAAGCUACCGUUCUUAUUCGCAAAUGUGCAUUGGCUGUAGCCGUUACCCUAUUUUCUGCAAGUUAUGCACCCAUGCUCUACCUUUCUUCCAUACUCCUUAUUGUUGGCCUUGGCCUUGCAUGUCACUCAUACGUGCUUCCUUAUGACGACAGUUUCUUGAACCGGCUCGAGUUUGGCACCCUCAUGGCAUCAUUCAUAGCUGUCUUUUGCACAUUCCUUCUGCAGCUGGAAAUGGUUUCUUGGGCCGUCGAUGAUACAGUCACUAUUCCUGCAGGUGUGAUCCUAGUUCUCGUGGGCACGGUACCUUCCCUGGGCCUCAUGGUGUUGUAUUUCAUGGAGAUCAGGUCAUUUGGGCUUCAGAGACUGACAUCCCUCGCCGAUCAAGUCAAAUCGGCCGUUGCCCGUGAUGAUCCAGAUUGA